AAGCACGGUUAAGCCACAUCCACCUCUAUAAAAUGAUCCCGUAGUGCAAGCGGUGGCUAAUUUCGCUCUCUCUCGUCUCUCAUCUCGUCCUUGCAAGUGACUCUCUAAAUCAUUCCUCGUUUCACUGAUACUAUAUCUUUACUGUCCUCGCUCGUCGAGAUGGGGAAGAAGGGCGCAAAACACGCGAAAAAGCUCAAGCCUACGUCGCUCACUCCUCCAAACACAGACUCAGAGACCGCGACAGGGCCGAAUGGCAUAGCAGAUGGACUCCAGUUAACUCUCGAGCAGCUAGCACCCGUCAAUCUUAUUGCGAGAAGCCCAUUUAAUCGUGUACACGAUGUCAUGGACACUGCAACUCUUCUCAGCAGAGACCGAGUCGAGUUUAUCAUCUCACGAAGCCUUCUCGCAUUCGCGUCUCCAUAUUUCAAGAAAGCCUUCCGCUCGCUGGAUGAAUCAGCUCAAGUGAAGCGUACCAGCCACGAGAAGAGCAGUAUCUCUGUUCUUGACUGGGAACUUGAUCCAUCUGCCCCAAAAGUGAUCACGAAUGAGCCCAGUGCAGUCAUUGAUGCGCUACUCCGGUUCAUAUACCCUGUUCCAGACCCUGUUUUCAAAGAACCGGGGGACGACCAAACAGAGAAAAUGUUGCCUUUCAGGCUUCUGGCUCCUAUCCACGAUGCGGCUCGUAAAUACGAUUUGGAAUACGUCUGUCAAAAGAUUAUCGAGAUUGCGAACAGCAUCAUCUACAUCAAGUCAUUCCCAGGGCCGGGCCACGCCUCCUUGAGAUCCUAUGCGGUCGCUUGUCGUCUCGGUCUACCCUACGACGCAAAACUUAAAGCAGCUCGUAAUUCGUUAUGUAUCCCGUACAAGACUUAUCCAGCUGCCGGGCUCACCGGAGAGGGACUCGAUGAAGAUGACUACGAUCGAUACGUCGAAUUUCAUGAACGAGCAGUUGCAGCCUGCGAACAGGUACUCGCAAUUAGCGGGGAGGAUGCGUAUCCCACUGGUCUUUCGGAUGUAUACGCAAAUUUCGUUGCGUGCGCCGAUUGUAGCGGAGUGCCUUCCACUGGCAACGUGAUGAGAUGUGGUGCUGCACGAUGGUGGCAACUAUACGCCUCAAACGCACUAGAAAAACUCCGUCGUGCUCCACUUGACCCGUCAAUUUUCUUCGAGAACUUCGUGGUCCCCUUCUUCCGUGAGGCGCAGAAGUGUUCCGCCUGUGCGCCUGUCGUGCAUUGGAAGUGGUGCAACAUGAUGCCAAUGCUUGCGAUGAUGAUACCCGCGAAGGUCUACGAGGUGUACCUAGACCACGACGAUAGCAACAGCAUUGAAAUCAAACAGGAAGAGAUGGAGCAAUCUUCGCCGGUUCACUGGGGAUACGACACGCACAACGAAAACCCAGACAUGAACCGCGUCUUUUGGCAAGCAUCUCAGCCACAAGACCCCGUUCUAAGGAAACUCAUGAAUGACGCGUAUACACCGCGUAAACUGUUUACUUCCUCGAAGCUUAAAAUCACCUCUGAUGUUGCAGCUGCUCAGGUUGACCAGAUGAAAGGCUCGUCGCCUUCGACUGGGUCAGGGCCAUCCAACUUUUCUUCCCCUUCCAUGACAACUCCUGCUGAUAGGCCUACCCGGGUCCGACGAACGCAAAGCCGACGCUCACCCGGCACUGCAGUUGUCAGUAAGGAACCGUCCAACUCAGCAAAUACCGGAAGCAAAUUAGACGAGAACGUUCACAAGUUAGUUGCUCUUCUUCCUCUCGUUUCAAAACAGGCCGAUGAAAAUGCAAAACGCGAACAAGAAGCACUACGAGAGAAACGAAGGAGACAGAAGCGGACAGCUCAAACACCUGUAGAAGGCUCGGCGGUAAUGAAAAAGCAGAGGAACAUGAUUGAUACCAAAGGAAAGCAACGAUCAACGAAUGUAUCUCAGGAAGAGGAGCUGGAGAUAGCUGCUGAGGAAGCUAGCGACAACAGAUGUGGACGGCGGAACGGCGCAGAGGACGGUGAAGCUAACGAGCAUCGAGAUGCUGCGAAUCUCAUGCCUCCACCAUCUUAUAUUCCACCUCGCAGGCCUCGGUCAUCCAUAAACACUGGGCCAUCAGAAAUUCCUGGCGUAUCAUUAGCGUCGAAUUCACAGAGCUCGGAGAAAAGCAUAGAGCCAUGUUUCUUCGCAUCUUCUCAAUCUAUUAUGACUUCAACACCACGAACAUCAGACUGCGUAUCUGGGAUCAACCAGAAUGGCACCCGACAAAGCAGAAAUUGCGCCGCGAGCGCUAUUUCGAAUGGCGUAUCAGCAGCCUCUCUGCAGCGAACCACGGGCCCACCACCACUUGGUAUGCGACGCACAGUGAAUAGCCAAGCACCAUCCUCGAGCCAAGGUCUCACACGGGAUCGUCCUCUGCCCGAAAGGCAGAAUAAGUUCAAAGUUCCAUUUGCCAAGAACCGAGGCGAUGUCUACGGUACUUCGGCAUCUAAUCACACAAGCCGCGAAUUGCCAGGCACCCCGGUGAACAGCCCGAUUGCGCAACCCCCUGUAGAACCACCAUUAACAAGCCACGAAGGUUGCGAUACAAAGGUGAAUGUAGACAAGGACCGAUGUUCAUCGCCGCCUCUGGAAGCCGACAGUUCGAUCGAUUUCGACAUGGAUAUCGACCCAGACGAGCUUGAACGAGCUUGUCAAAUAGUUGAUGAAUUAUUAUGCACAACCGGUACGAAGCAUUGGAGGAUCUAA